AGGAAAGCCGUAUCACUCCAUUAGUUACCUAUGACCUUCCACAAGCAGCUUCACGAUUGGCGACCCCUCAAAGUCACAACCAAUUGAACGAAUAAAUCGUUCUCUUCCCGUCCUUAUAAACUACUGAUUCGUCGCUACAACUCUUUGAGCUCGAUCUCCUAAAUCUCCGAUCGCAACAAUGACCGGUUCGGAAUCUGCAGUGGAGAAGACCAAGCAGUCUCUCAUGCAAAAAGCUCAAGCAUGGGGAGAAAAUCCUUUCACCCCGACGCUCCUCGCAACCUUCAUUACCGCACAGUACAUGCGGCCCUUCCAAGCACUUCCGAUGCUCUUCCCACCCGUCCUUUUGUUCACAAGCUAUGCCAAUCUUCAAGGUUUCAAGACCGAUAGCGCAGGAAUUAGCGCUGCCUGGUCGGGACUUUACCUUUUGCUUGCCGGUCGGCGACGCCAGCCCUUCAUGAAGAAAUGGGGUGCCCGGGGCAUCGUCCGCGGUGUGACCAUGGGUCUCUGCUUGGCCAACAUGGUUGGUGGCGGACUUGCGUAUACUUUGGGGAAAAGGGAAGAAGAGGACGACGAUUAAAAGUCGACCUUUGCGCCGUGGUCUCUGGGCUGUACGAUAAUGCGUGGUUUUUAUGCUACUAUGACUCUAUUAAAACGUAGUGCGGGCGUCGUGGCGGUAUGGUGUUUUGGUUGAAUCUUAUGAUGGAAAAGUUAUU